CUUAGUAGCCUUUGAAAUGACAGCGAUUGUUGUGAAAAUGUUUUGCAAUGCUCAACAUUUUGUUUGUUGAAUUUUUUUCUUCUUCGACUUGAUCAAAGACAGUGUGAGGUUCCGCUAUUUAUUUUUAAAUCAAAAAGAGAGACAUCGAGAGAGUGUAAGAGUGAGUAAGAGAAAAUAGAGACUAGUGAGAUCAACAAAGCGAACGACACAAAUUCUUCAAAUUAAAAGAGUCCAUUAUGAUACUGUCCUGUUGCGAUUGCAAAUGUUCAUGCACACCAACAAUAAAAUGGUUCAUCUUCAAUAUUUAUUUUAGAUAUUUUAAACAAACGAAUACUUGGUAGCUAAAAAAAAUUCUCGAGUGAAGUGAGCACAAAAAAAAAAUCACCAAAAAUAUGUUCGAACAAUCUUUAGUACACUCACAAAAAUAUCGCAUAAACAAUGACCACAAAUAUUAUGAAUAAAAUAUCAGCUGCAUUAAGUUUGAAAUCAUCAUCCGAAUCACCACCGCCUCCUUCGAAUUCGCCGAAAAUCGAUGAUCAAGAUGAAUAUCACACACUAUUUACAAAGCGUCUGACAACUGAUUCGAUUCAAUCGAGCAACAUGAAUUCAACAAAAUUUGGUACAACCGAUGAAGUCGAUCAUAACACUCCGUCUGCAUGCUCAUUUGAUGAUUUCAUCGGUGGACCGAUUGAUGAAGAGCACUCAUUCAGUUUACAAUCAAAACAUCAACUUCACGAUCAAAGUAUUGAUUUUAACCGGUCAAUAACUGCAACACCAGCCGACUCCAGUUGUGGUUUUCACAACACCUUCAGUGUGCUUGAAAAGCACUUAAACAAAAACAAACAGCUGAGAAUAAGCCAGAAACAAAUCGAAAUUCUAUUGAUGUAUAGCAAAAAUCUGGCAAUACAAAAUGAUAAUUAUAUUGACAUACCGAUUAUAAGUGACGACGGAAGUCUUCAUUCUGUUAAUGAUUUGGUUAACAGUUCAAUGAAUGACAUGUACGGUUGGAAUACCAACGACGAUGAAUCUCCCAGUCAUUUGGAACUGGAAUUGGAAGCAAUGGAUCGUCUUCGUUCAAUGUGGUUGAAAGAAGAUUUUGAAGAUGGUCACAAAGAAAAUGCUGUAGAUGAAAGAGAAUCGACGUGCACACCGUGCGACUCAUCCUUGAUAGAGGAACUUUAUCAACAAGAUAGUUGCAGUGAUGGCGCAAAUUCAAAUGAAUACAUCUAUCAUGUGGCCAAACGUAAUGGUCAACUUUAUAUUCGAGUUCGACGCAAUCUUCGAUUGGAUCAAGUCCUUUGCUCCAAUCGUUUGAGCCAGAUGACACGCACGUACAAUGACAUCGAAGCGGUCACGCGUUUGUUAGAAGAAAAAGAAAAAGAUUUAGAAUUGACAGCGCAUAUUGGCAAGGAUUUAUUAGCCGAAAAUACCCGCCUCAAAAAACAAGUUGAAGAACUGGAAAACGAUGUAAAAGUGGCCAACGAAAAUUGUACACAGCUAAAAUACGAAUUAACAACAAAAUGUAACCUGUUGGCGGCCUUAACGAAUGACGAUGAUGCUAUUGUAAACGAAGAAGAAUAUACACCAAUGUCACUAACAUCGGUUAAUUUGGAUUUGCUGCAGAAGAAGGUGUCAAUUUUAGAAAAUGAAAAUAAAUCACUUCGAAAUGAAGCGUCACAAUUAGUCAAAGAGACCGAUGAAGUUGAAGAGAUUGAACGCCGUUUAAUGGACACUAUCCGAGAUGAAUUGAGCAGUACAAAAGAUCAGUAUGACCAUCUUAUUUAUGAAUUGGAUAGUUUGAAAGAAGAGAAUAAAGUGCAAAGUGAGACGAUCGAAAAGCUAACGAACAAUUUGACGAAAGCAAAUUUACAAAUAAAAGAAUUGACAUCGGAAUAUGAUGACCAAACGGUACGACUACGGAUCACAACAGAUAAUCAAAAUGAGCUUGCUAUGGAAUUGGCGGAAUCAAAAGCACGGUAUCAAGAGGUGCUAUCAUUGUUGGAAGAAACACAAAAGGAACUUCGAAAUCAACGUAAACGACAACAACCAACUGUACGAAGUUCAUUAAUUCCAGGAAUUGCAUCGCUUGCAUAUCCACCAGGUGAAUCGUUGCAGUCCGAGCUAAUGGAAUCGUCGCUAUUUUCCGACCACAGCUUAGACUCCGGUAUUGCAUCAGAUCGUGGUUGCGGUAUGAUGGGUUCAAUGUAUAAUCAAAAUAAUUCGUAUAAGAAGGCAUUUGAUAUGGUACGUUGUGUGGGCAAAGCAACAGAUAAUCAAAAUCUGCAGCUUGGUUCAAUGUCAAUGAGUAGCAGUUCGGGACAACCACGAAUGUCUUCAUUCCCAUUCGCAAGCAGCAUAAACUCAACAAAAAGUCCAUCGAUAUACGGUAAUUCAUCAUAUCCAGCAUCGAUGGGAUCGAAAACAUUUUCACGUGAUAGCCUAACAUCCGAUUCAGAGGAUAGUUAUCCGGCAAAACCAAUCGGAGUACCCGGCGCACCGGGAUCGAAGGAAUUGGAAGCAGCACUGAAAAAACUAACACCAGCUGAAGUUUUAGUGCGUCGUACAAUGUUAUCGAAUGCACCGCCAGGCACAUAUUCAUACGACGAAGGUAUAAAUGAUGGUCGGACUGGUUUCCGUACACCGGAUAGCAUGCGAUCCGAUAGUAUAAUGUCAACAGGUUCAUCGGGUCACAGUUUAUGUUAUUCUUCCAAUCAUCCAUGGCGAAAGAAGCUUGAAUUGGUCAUGCCGAUGGAAGGUUCACAGACGCUACAUCAUUGGAAUCGAUUGGCAACACCAACAUUGGGCGGUCUUCUCGAUGAACGACCUGGCGUUACAAUUCGCGGUGGUCGAGGCCUAGACGAAUUGGGAUUACAUUUGUAUUCGUUAUCGGAUGUUGAAGAGGACGAAGCCGACCAUCCAGGCAAACAAUAUGAAACGAUGAGCAGCAUUUAUACGUACACAAAUAGCACAGUUAUGCAUCCGGAUGAUGGAAUGUCGAUGACAUCUAGUCUGCCACAAUCGCAAAUGUCAUCGAAAGUUAAUUCAAUAAGCAGCUCACGGCAACCAAGCGCACCGGCAACACCACACUCUGGUUUAUCUCGACGAAAUUCAUGCUCAACAUUCUCGCUGAGUGCGGGCUUAGCUUCAAUGCUAAACGAACGAGGUAUUAAGGCAGUUACACCAAGCGCAUUAAACACACCAGCCGGUCAAAAUCAUUCUCCAACAGUGACACCUUGCAAUAGUCCGGAGGGAUCACCAACCCGAGACCGUUCACCCGAACCACCAUUACUAACAGGUUUGAUUUAUUCGGGCGCCGAUAUGAUUCGACGAAAAUUAGUCGGAAGUAAUAGUGAAAGUCCCGACCGAUCAUCCCGAAUCCCAUCACGAAGUAAGAUUCUUCUCUCACGACAAGAAAAACGUGCUCUGCGAUCGUUGCGUCUGGUGGAAAAAGUCGAAAGCAUUGGCCUCGAGAAUAUAAUGCAUGCAUCAUCAAAUUAUCACCCAGUUGGUAUGAGCCCGUUGGCCGUUGGAUCUGUACGAACACGAACGGCAAGCCCAAUGACCCAACUGACCAGUUUAAAGAAUAUAUCACAGCAACAACGUCGCAGUGACGACUUGUACGCUAUGGAUAAGGAGACAAUAAAAGCCGUAUUGAAUAAGGGUCUUUCGCACGAAAGUCUACUCAGUGAUAUUAGUACCGAUGGUUCAACAACAAGCUCAAUUACAAAUGCUGAUGAUUCAUCCGAUUCGACGUUGAAUAGCCAGAAACGGUCUGUUCCAUCGUCGUCGCAUGUAAGCAAUACCGCCGCAACAAAUCGCAACGAUAAGAGCAACACAUCGCAGCGUGUAAAACAAAUGCAGCGACAAAAGAGUCGAAGAAGUCUGAUGAAUGGAGCUGGUGGUCAACGACCUGAUCUUGGUACUGUUGGGUCUGUGGCAGCUGCUAAAUCUCUAUCCAAUAACAAUAAUAGUUUAAAUAGUCAUAAUAAAUCUACUCACAGCACAAAGAAACAAUUACAAGAAUUGGAUUCAGAUGAUGAUGAUCGAUCGAGCAUUGCAUCAGCCGCACCCCAACAAUCCUACACACAAAGUUUUGUAGGCAGCAUUAGUUCUCUGUUCUUUGGCCGUAAAGGCGGUCUUUUGUAAACAUGAAUAGAACUAAACAACACAGACAAAUCGUUCAUAUUCAUUAUGAACGAGCCAAGAUCAUAUAUGUAAUAGUUACAGAACAGAUACAGACAGCAAUUGAUAAUAAUGUAAAUUUAGCUAACAAUAUUAGAUUGAGACAACAUUUCCAAUGCAAGUCCAUAUAUUAAAAUCGCAGAUCGUUAGAAAAAAAA